AUGGCCGUCCGGGCGGCCCUCCUGCUUCUGCUGGCCCUCUGGGCUGGCUGUGGCCUCUCCUCCUUCCCGCACCACCUGGUGCAGCUGAGCUCCCGCCGUAGCGCCUGCAAGCCCGUGCCCAGCAGCAUGAGCCUGUGCCACGGCGUGGGCUACAGCGAGAUGCGGCUGCCCAACCUGCUGGGCCACGACACCAUGAAGGAGGCCCUGCAGCAGGCCGCCUCCUGGGUGCCCCUCCUGACCAAGCAGUGCCACCGGGAGACCAAGAAGUUCCUCUGCUCCCUCUUCGCCCCCGUCUGCAUCAGCCAGAUGGAGGAGCCCGUCUUCCCCUGCCGGUCGCUCUGCGAGGCCGUCCGGGACAGCUGCCUGCCCGUCAUGGCCGCCUUCGGCUUCCCUUGGCCCGAAAUGCUCAACUGCAGCCGCUUCCCUGGGGGCAACGAGCUCUGCAUCCCCCCGGUGGGCCCUGAAGACCAAGGACAGCCCCCGCGAGAAG